AUGCCUGGAUGCUGCUACAUGAACGGAAUGACAACUGAAAAUGUUGACGUCAUCAUCCUGGGUGCCGGCGUUGCUGGUCUCACCGCCGCAAAGACGUUGUCAGAAAACAACGUCACCGACUUCGUAAUCCUUGAAGGCAGCGACCGAAUUGGAGGAAGAAUAAAACACGGGUUUAUAGGAUCCACCACCGUUGAGCUGGGUAGUAACUAUAUCGUUGGAACUACGGGAAACCCCGUGUGGGAUCUUGCCUCUGGAUACAAUCUCUCUGGUGUGGUGACAAACUACGACAACGUGACGGUAUUGGACGCAUUUGGAACAGAUGUUACAAACACCGAAGCCGCAGCUGCUUGGGUUAAAUGGAAGAGUGCUAUCGGUGUCCUGGGAAAGAAGUAUUCUGACAUACGAGCUAACAAGAUCGAAGAUAUAGCCGUUGGCGUGGGACUGAAGCUUGGAGGCUGGUAUCCCGAUUCUCCCGUUAAACGAGCAAUACAAUGGUAUGAGAGUGUGGACUUUUCGUUUGCCCAAAUCACCAAUCUGGUUUCACUGAAAGAGCGAAAUAAAUUUCUUCAGCGACUCAUCAUAGACGGGUCUAACAGUGAAUUUUUGGUGAGUGAUCCGAGAGGUUACGUACAUGUAUUUAAUGAAAUGAAAAAUGACUUCUUGGUCAAGGAUGACGUUCGUCUGAAGCUGAAUGAGGUUGUCACGGUAGUAAAAUACGACGACUCGAAGGUGGUCGUCACAACUAGCGCCAACAAGACGUACACCGCGAACUACGCAAUCAUGACAUUUGGCCUCGGGGUCCUGCAACACCGCCUCGUGAAAUUCGAACCAGAGCUGCCAUUAUGGAAAGAAGACAAUCUCUUUAGAAUCAACGUGGGUCACGCUGCAAAUGUACUGGUAGAAUGUUCAGAAGAGGCCAGGGCAUUCUUUAACAAGAAAGCGUACGCAGUGUAUGCAAGCGAGAACUACGGUUUCCAUCCCGUUUGGGUCAACAUGAUGGCUGAUGGCCUGCUUCCAAACACCAGCAACAUCAUUAGCAGCAUGCCGACUGGGGAAGAAGCUCAGAGAGUUGAACGUAUUGGGGAGUCGGCUCUCAAGUCUGAGAUAACCAAACUGUUGCGUGACGUGAACAAGAACCAAAACAUCCCUGAACCAACGACCGUCCUGGUGUCUGACUGGUCCAGAAAUCCACUCUUCAUGGGGUCCAUGGCGAGUCUUCCUUCUGGUUUCUCGGAGGACCGAAUUCAAGCCGUGAAGGCUCCUGUUGGCAGGCUGUAUUUUGCAGGCGAGGCCUACCAUGUGAUGUUUAGAGGGUUUGUCAGAGGGGCCUACUACUCGGGACGGAACCAAGCCAGACUGAUCGUCAAGUGCCGACAGGGAUUGUGUACGAAAUAUGAACCUCCGGAGGGCCAGGAGAACGAGUGUUCGUCAUCUCAGUCCGUUCGGAUUUAUAUUCCGUCGGUCUUCAUACUAGCAUUGUGUACCAUUGCCUCGCACAUUUAUAUUUAA